AUGCAAAGCAGCGUCAGACUCGAUGGCUACACAGAACAACAACAGCAACAAUACAACCUAUGCUUAGCUCAAUUGAAAGAAGAGUUUACUCAAAGAUGGGGAAAGACACCAAAGUUCACUCUCGAUUUUUCAGAUUUGGAGCGAGUGAAAACUCUUGGCACUGGCGCAUUUGGUAGGGUGUUAUUAAUGAGACACAAGAAAAAAGAGAAUAAAUAUUACGCCAUGAAAGUUUUGGACAAAGAAAGAAUCAUUAAAAUGAAACAAGUCGAACACACACUGUAUGAGAAGCGCAUUCUUGAAGCAAUAAGGUUUCCAUUUAUGGUGUCAAUGGAAUUUAGUUUCAAGGAUAACAGUAACAUUUACUUUGUUAUGCCUUUUAUCCAAGGAGGUGAAAUGUUCACGCAUCUGCGGCGAAUGAGAAAAUUUGAUGAACCUUUGGCAAAAUUUUACGCCAGUCAAGUAGUUCUCGCGUUAGAAUACUUGCAUUACUGCGAUCUGGUAUACCGCGACUUGAAGCCUGAAAAUAUCUUGAUCGAUAGAAAUGGUUACUUAAAAAUUACUGAUUUUGGAUUUUGUAAAUUGUUGCAAGGGAGAACGUGGACCCUGUGCGGAACUCCCGAGUAUUUGGCACCCGAAUUAAUUCUAAGUAAAGGCUAUGGAUUUUCUGUAGACUGGUGGUCGUUCGGUGUGCUUUUGUUUGAAAUGAAUGCUGGUUAUCCGCCCUUCUACGCCAAUGAACCCAUGAGGACGUAUGAAAAAAUUGUCGCUGGUAAAUACAGGUGUCCUUCGAACUUUACUCCUGACCUGAGGGAUCUCCUUCGGAAUAUUCUACAAGUUGAUAUCACUAAACGCUAUGGUGUUAUGAAAAAUGGAAUCUUGGAUUACAAGAACCACAGGUGGUUUACUGGCAUUGAAUGGGAACUCAUUCUGAACUGCCGAGCGCCAGUACCAUUCGUGCCCAAAUUGAAAAGUCCUUGUGACACUGGUCAUUUUGAACACUACGCUGAAGACAGUAUACAACCUGUAUCUACUUGUCGUUAUGAAUAUGAGUUUAUGGACUUUUAG